UGCACUGAAAGAGUAGUGGGGCUGGAUAUGUAAUGUUUGCCCCCUUUAAUGUUAGUAGCCAUCACGCAUUUUGUGUUCUUAUUUGGUGAGAUAUUUGUCAAGUGAAUAAUGUCUUUGAAGUGGUGGUUCAUGUAGCAUUUAGCUAUCGUCAGCUAGGUAGCCAGAUUCUGAACGACUGCAACCAGCUAUGCUUAUGCUACCUAGCUAACGUUAGCUGCUAAGCCCGUGGUGGUAGAUGUGUAGCUUGCAGAGUUAGGUUAGCACUUGCAGCUUGUCUCUGGAAAAACACCGUUCUAUCUUACAAGCCAUCGUUGUGAGUGUUGUCAGCAAGCGUAUUAGAACAGAGAUCCUGGAAAAAUGACAGAUCUCCGGCAAAGGAGGCGGCUGGCUUGGGGAGAGAUAACGUUAACGCUGGGGAGGAAAGAAGACCUGCAGGAGGUGAUGGGCCUGUAAACACAUCAGCGGGGAGAAUGAUUUCGCGAUAUACUCGAAGGCCCGUUUCGCAUAAUUUACAGAUCCGAGGCUUGUCCCGGAGCAGUUUGGACCAUCAUCCCCCACCUGAGGAAGCAGAGGACGAUGACUACCUCCCUCAACCUCUGUUACAUGACCUGCAUGAGGCUGUUUCCACUUACAACAGCUCUGAGACAUCUGUGGUGUCGGAGAGGUCAGGCUGUCAGACGGUCACCACGGGUGAUACAACCCGGUCUUGGUCUGGGAUUCACAGCUACACUGGAACUGGCAUCUCAACAGAACGCAGCUCUGUCUUCUCCUGGGGCUAUGAUGAGUUUGAUAAGGCCGCCUCGCGACAGGUGCAGCAGAUGUUUGAGGAGAUCGAUGAGCAGCUUUAUGAGGGGAGGGGCGGUGCUCAGCUCAGGGGCCUGCAGGAUGAAUGCCAGCAGUGGGCCUGUAGAUUCACCCACCUACGGAUCUUGGGGAAACAGCUAGUCUGCCCCACGGAUGAUGGCUUCCAGUGGUAUGCCACAUGCGGAAAGGGAGCUGACUUAGGCCAACCAGCAAGUAAAGACAUCAAGGAGAAGCCAAGCAUGGAGUUGUGUGUACAGGGGCGGAAGGCUGUUCUGAGUAGGUCCUAUGUUGAAGCGGAGCCCUUCUCCGAGAGCCCAGCUGGGGGCCAGGGGGAUGAGCCGCCCAGAGUGAUCGAAGCGGAGGGUCUGAUGGAGGAGUACCUCGCCUUUGACUGCAGAGACCUAGACGAGGAGUGGGAGCGUGAGUGCACGGGAACCAGACGCAGGUACUGCUUGCCUCCGGUCUCUCCCUACCGCUGUCGGCGAGAGGCGGUUCUGGACCUGCUGUUUGACGACGUGUGGCGCGAGCUGGUUGGCUGGAUGGAGGGGCUGGUGCGCAGGCAUUGGGAGGGCUGUGUGUCAGAUGACGAGAAGACUGCUGGAGCACUGAGUCCGGCUCAGCCAGACCCCCAGAACCCCUUCCUGCUCUUGACCGCCCUCCCCACGGUGCUCCCGCGUCUGGGCCAGAGUCGCGUGCCGCAGCUCACGGCCAGUCUGCAGCCCCAGAGCACAAAGUCAAGGGGUUCAAAGCACAAGUCAAGACGGAAAUCCAAAAAGCUGAGAAAGCCAUCCACUUCCAGUCGGGUUCCAGUAGGAGCUGCGGUUACCCAUAGCAACCUGAAUGACCUCAUCAUGAUCCAUGGCAUUCCGCUCCAGCAGAGGAAUGUGGGGGCUCUGGACCGCGUUGCACAAGAGUGUGAGGAGCGGGUGUACCACAGGCCGGGCUCCAGUGCGAUGCCGUCGGGCAAACCCCGCGCCCGUCGGCCCCUGGAGCAGAGCUCCUCUUCCCUGUCCCGUCCACCGCAGUCGGCCAGGAGACGCAACCCUCCCCCGCGGACCCUCAUGCCACUGGCCCCCGGCCUGACGCAGUCCAGCGCUGCCGGCUCCAUGGACGAGGUCAUCCGCGGGACACGGCUGCCCACAGCCAGUGAUCGGCUCACCUCCCCCCCGAUGCCACUCAGCAGAAACACACUCCUGCCCCCCAUAGGCACUGGAGAGGGGGAGCACACCCACCCUGGAGUACACACACGCCAUGCACAGAGACAGAGGGGUUCUUCUAGUCGAGCCCACAGUGCCGUCACUGAUGAAGCUGGCAGCAUGCCCCCAAGAGACAGACUGCACUUACUUGACGUCUUUUCUCGGCCCAACACCACACACACUUUCAGGUCAGACACUCCGUACCGGCGUUCCUUCACAGUUCUGGAUAACAGUGGGCAGCAGUGCCGUCCAGGCAGGGCAUCAGUUGGCACAGAUUCUCUUGGCAUUGGCGUGACAGGCAUCAGUCUGGGCAUAAGCAGCUCCUCCUUCCUGGACUCCUUUACCCAUCAUCCCCUGAGCCACUCCCCCAUUGAGGAUGAAGAGGAGCCAGAUACCCAGCCCCUGCCCCCAGCACUGCUGGUCCCAGUCUCUGUCCCAGCACGUUCUCAUGGCCGAGGAGGUGGUGUAGCAGCUCGAAGCAGCAGACCAGGACUUUAAACACACACACACACACACACACACACACACACACACACACACACACACACACACACACACACACACACACACACACACCGCUCCCUUCCCCCACUUGCAUCCCCCUCAGCAUUGUGACAGCGAGCCCCAUAAGGGCUGUCUCACAGUGGUCAAGACACUUUAUACAGCAGCAGGUUUUUUUUGUAUGACCCUACGUUCGAGGGAUUUUAUUUAUUCCACACGGUUAUUGUUUAUGUUUUUUAGAGUCCUAUUUUUGUAUGUCAGACUUUUCAGCUUAACAUGGCUGCCAAAGACAGUAAACUGUCUAACAACAACCUCACCUCUCUGUAUGAAUGGACUGGGUGUAUGAAAUCUCCUCCCAAUAUACAGUAUGGCACUUUGUUUUUCUUUCUUUUUAUGUUGGUAUGUGUGUAUGGACUCAUGCCUUUGUCUACCCAUAGUUGGUCUAUGCAGGCAUCUCUUGCCUCAUCCAUGUCAAUGGGCAUAUGAAAACCAGUCUCUUGACACCCUUACGUUAUAGCUGCACCACUGAGGGUUAAGCAUUUUUGUCCUUCUUGAAAGUCAUCUAAGCCUUUCAGUGAACAACAGCUAGCACAAAAACAUCAUUGGAACUGCACAUAUUGAAAGUAAAAAAAAAAAAAAAGAAAAGCUAGCUGUGAGCUGCUGAGUAUAGUGGGAAACAGGUAUCUCUUUUUUCCCCUCUUAUCUUCUGAAAAGCCUUUUGUGAUUUGAGCCUUAGUUCCCAGAAGCCAUACAGGACGUGGGAGUGAACGACGUGUAUACAUCAUAACCGAUCUCGGAGGUCCCUUAGACUGUAACACAAAGAACAGGUAGAAAAUGCGGUCAUUGUUGCAGGUAAACCAAACUGGCUGACUAGAACUCUCUCUCUGGAGUCUUUGUGUUCAGUGGUGUUCCGUGGCUCGUUAGAUUUACCACUCAUCUUUCAGUUGUAGCGGGUGUCACCACUCCUUGAACAGUUCUUCCUAACUCGUCAACAAAGUCAGGUUUACUUGUGUAUUACAGCUCCAGGCAAGCAGUGCUCUUGAAUGGGGCCUAAGUCCUGGACCAUGGAGCUGCAAACAUGUAGCUCAACAUCACAGUACUGUACACUAGCAUGUGAGCACCAUGUUGGACCCAUAUUUGUUAUACACAAACCAGGUUAGCUAAGGUGUGAUCCAGCCAUUAUAAUUCUAUGGUCAAAGCCAUGAAGCCUACGUACCCCCAAUCCCUGUUAGAUAACCAUGCAAAGAUAAUUAAAAAAAAGACAAUACUUAUGAUGUAGCUUUAUUCUGUAUCAGGCUCCUAAGGAAGCUUAAUCUUGUGCAUUUUGUAUAAAAAAAAUAAAGAGAUGGAUAACAGAGACCUGUUUGCAUAAAUAAAAAAAUAUUUUA